AACGUAAAGCAAACGACACACAGACAAGAUAGACCAACUUUCCCACCAAUAAUUUCUUUUUUUCUCUCUUCUUUCUCUUUCUCUGAGAAAAUUCUUUCUUUCUCGAACAUUUUCCCGAGAAAAUGUUGGAAUCACAAGCCCACCGUCGCCUCCAUGCAAUUCAAUGCCACCUCCUCCCUUCCUCCACCGCCUCCGACGACUCUUCCUCUCACGUUCAACCAAACCUCACUGCUGCUGAGUUCUUUCACGGCCAGGGGUACAGUGUAGUUCUUCCUGAAAAAUUGCAAACAGGAAAAUGGAAUGUGUAUAGAUCAGCGCGUUCUCCAUUGGAGCUUGUAACUAGAUUUGCCGACCAUCCUGAAAUUGGGACUUUGCAUGAUAACUUUGUGCAUGCUGUUGAAUCUUUCCGUGAUUACAAGUACCUGGGUACACGAAUUCGGGAAGAUGGUACGGUUGGAGAGUACAAAUGGAUGACAUAUGGAGAAGCGGGGACUGCUUGCGAAGCAAUUGGUUCUGGCCUUCAGUUUCAUGGGUUUCAAAAGGGAGCUUCCAUUGGACUUUAUUUUAUAAACAGACCAGAGUGGCUGAUUGUGGAUCUUGCCUGUUCAUCAUAUUCAUAUAUCUCGGUUCCCCUGUAUGACACUCUUGGCCCAGAUGCAGUUCAGUAUGUUGUGAAUCAUGCUGAUAUACAGGCUAUUUUUUGUGUCCCACAGACUUUGAACACUUUGUUGAGCUUCCUAUCUGGGAUUCCAUCUGUACGUCUUAUAGUGGUAGUGGGAGGUGUAGACGAAUAUUUGCCUUCUCUUCCUUCUGGAUCUGGAGUGAAGCUUGUCUCAUAUUUGAAACUAAUCGGUCAGGGCCGCAGUAGUCUGCAGCCUUUUUGCCCUCCUAAACCUGAAGAUGUUGCAACCAUAUGCUACACGAGUGGUACUACUGGAACACCAAAGGGAGUCGUAUUGACACAUGGAAACCUGAUUGCGAGUGCUGCUGGUUUUUGUCGCGCAAUCAAGUUCAAUUCCUCUGAUGUUUACUUCUCGUAUCUUCCUUUGGCACACAUCUAUGAACGAACAAACCAAUUUAUCUUAGUGUACUACGGUGGUGCUGUUGGUUUCUACCAAGGGGACAAUUUGAAAUUGAUGGAUGACUUGGCUGCUCUCAGACCAACAAUAUUUUGCAGUGUUCCUCGAUUGUAUAAUCGAAUAUAUGAUGGAAUUACAAAUGCUGUAGCAAAUUCUGGAAAGCUAAGGGAGGGACUAUUUAGAGCUGCCUACAACUCAAAGAAGCAAGCCAUAAUGAGUGGCCGGAAUCCAUCACCAAUGUGGGACAGAUUAGUAUUCAAUAAAAUAAAGGAAAAGCUUGGAGGACGGAUCCGUUUUCUGGGAUCGGGUGCUUCACCAUUGUCUCCAGAUAUCAUGGACUUUUUGAGGGUGUGCUUUGGCUGUCAAGUAAUUGAAGGAUAUGGCAUGACCGAGACUUCUUGUGUCAUAAGCAUAAUGGAUGUGGGUGACAAUUUAUCUGGUCAUGUUGGGUCCCCUAGUCCUGCCUGUGAAAUAAAACUUGUGGAUGUUCCUGAAAUGAACUACACCUUCGAAGAUCAGCCUCAUCCUCGUGGCGAGAUCUGUGUGAGGGGUCCGAUUGUGUUUCAAGGCUACUACAAAGAUGAAGUCCAAACGAGUGAAGUCAUUGAUAAUGAUGGAUGGCUGCAUACAGGAGACAUUGGGUCAUGGUUACCUGGAGGCCGCCUUAAGAUUAUUGAUAGGAAAAAGAACAUAUUUAAGUUGGCACAGGGUGAGUACAUAGCACCAGAGAAGAUUGAGAAUGUAUAUACCAAGUGCAAAUUUGUUUCUCAAUGUUUCAUAUAUGGCGAUAGCUUGAACUCGAGUCUAGUAGCUGUAGUUGCAGUGGAUCCAGAUGUAAUGGAAGCUUGGGCUGCGUCUGAAGGCAUCAAGUAUGAAAAUCUAGAACAAUUGUGCAAUGAUCCAAGAGCGAGAGCUGCAGUUCUUGCUGAAAUGGAUGCUGUUGGAAUGGAAGCCCAGUUGAGAGGUUUCGAAUUUGCAAAAGCUGUAACUUUAGUGCUUGAACCAUUCACCUUGGAGAAUGGCCUUCUCACUCCAACAUUCAAGAUCAAGAGGCCUCAGGCAAAAGCAUACUUUGCCAAAGUAAUAUCAGACAUGUAUGCUGAGCUUUCUAAAUCAGAUCCAAAACCACAGAAAAUGUGAUGACAAGAAGUUCAUGUAAGCAGCACGCAGAGACGUGGCAUAUGUACCUAAGAGAAGUUUACAGUUUAGUAAAUAGACCUUACAAACUGAUGUAUUAAUUUUUUAACAUAAAACAAAAUAAGUAAUCUAGGAAUUUAUUUAUUAUAUUGUUGAUGUGACA